AUGGGUAACAGCCCCUCCAAAUCGAAAAAUGGCUUGUCCCUCUCGCGCACAGACACAGGCUCGUCCGCCAAGUCGGGCCGCUCUGUGCGCUCGCGUCUCUCCACCUCCAACCACCAGGACCUGCCCAAAGUCAGCCGCAAAAACUCGUCUGCAUCGCUACCGACCAGCUUCCGAAGCAACCUGAGCGCCUUUGAUGAAAAUGGGCUUCACGCGUCCAUGGCCGCCCCUGAACCGGACAAGCCGAUUCUCCUCCGCCGAAACACAAACGACACCGAACACUCUCGCGUGUCUGUUACGGGCGACGAGCUUGCGCCGCUUCUGCGGUCCUCGACAAACCACUCGGCCCGCAUUUUAUCUCCGACUCCAGGAGCGUUAACGCCGCAACACACGGGAGGCAACUCCGCCGACGACAGAGCCGAGACCAUGUCUGUCAGCUCGAAACGCUCGGCCCGCUCGGCGUCCUCAAGCUUGCAGGCGUCGCGCCGAGGCUCAAGUAGGAACGUGGCCGAGUAUUCGGACCCGCAUACUCACACAAACAAUGUCAUUGAUAUUGAGGAUUUCAUCCAGCGGCUCUUGGACGCUGGUUAUUCGGGCAAGCGUACAAAGUCUGUGUGCUUGAAGAAUGAAGAAAUUCUGCUUAUUUGCGCCAAAGCGCGUGAGAUUUUCUUGCUGCAACCGUCGUUGCUCGAGCUCUCGUCCCCGGUGAAAGUCGUUGGCGAUGUCCAUGGCCAGUACUCGGACUUGAUUCGGAUUUUCACCAAAUGCGGGUUUCCUCCGCUGACAAAUUACUUGUUUUUGGGCGACUACGUUGACCGCGGCAAGCAAUCAUUGGAGACGAUUCUCCUUCUUCUCUGCUACAAGAUCAAAUACCCGGAAAACUUUUUCCUUCUCAGAGGCAACCACGAGUGCGCCAAUGUCACGCGUGUGUACGGCUUUUACGAUGAGUGCAAGCGCAGAUGCAAUAUUAAAACGUGGAAAUUAUUUAUCGACACGUUCAACACGCUUCCAAUUGCCGCAAUUGUCGCAGGCAAGAUCUUCUGUGUCCAUGGCGGGCUCUCGCCUGUGUUGAACUCAAUGGACGAGAUUCGUAACAUUGCUCGCCCCACCGACGUGCCAGAUUUUGGCUUGCUCAAUGACUUGCUAUGGUCCGAUCCCGCAGACACCAUAAAUGAGUGGGAAGACAAUGAGCGAGGCGUGUCUUAUGUAUUUUCUAAGGUGGCCAUCAAUAAGUUCCUCCUGAAGUUCGGCUUCGACUUGGUUUGCCGUGCACACAUGGUGGUCGAGGACGGCUACGAGUUUUUCAAUGAUCGUACGCUUGUCACAGUGUUCAGUGCUCCCAACUACUGUGGCGAAUUCGACAAUUGGGGUGCGGUCAUGAGUGUUUCCGAGGAGCUUCUCUGCUCGUUCGAGUUGCUUGAUCCGUUGGACUCUGUGGCAUUGAAGCAGGCAAUGCGCAAGGGGAAGCACGAGCGGAGACAGGCACAGUCAUUGCAGCAGCUGCGGGCCAAUUAA